AUGCCGAAGCAGAAGUCGUCCAGGCUGACUGCCUUGUUCGAUAUCAGGUUAAAAAACUGCCAGCAUGAUGUCCUCCUACUCAAGGGUUCGGAGCACAAUGCUGCUUCCACCUUCAUCAGCGGCAAAAUCGUGCUUUCUGUGAACGAACCCAUCUCCUUGAAGAAGAUCACCCUCCGAUUAUAUGGUACCCUUCGCUUGAAGUACACCGACACCCGAGGCACCGUCCCUAAGCCGGCUAGGUUCGAGAAGAAGGUCUACGAGUACGUCUGGGAUCCUGCUGAAAUCACAAAAUACUUGAACAACAUGUAUGAAAACUCAAACGGAAGCGGCUCCCAGGGCUUCUCUGGCCAGUCUCCAAACAGUCCGCCAAACGGGCUCGCCAGAAGCCCUGUCAAGUCGAAAGCUUCAUCCACAUCAUUGAAGAGUUUGGGCAUGACUUUCCGUUCGAUGUCCUCAUCAUCAUUGUCUCACAGUCUGUCUGGUCAUAACGGAAAUUCUUCAAGCUCAUCCACCUCGAAUUUGACCCCAAGAGGCAACCAUGUGCUUGUUCAGGGCAACUACGAGUUUCCAUUCAGCGCUAUUUUGCCCGGCGACAUGCCCGAGUCGAUCGAGGGUCUUCCAGGUGCAAGCCUUGUCUACAAACUUGAAUCGACUAUCGACAGGGGCAAGUUCCACCACCCUAUGGUGGCCAAAAAGCAUGUCAGAGUUGUCAGAACAUUGACUACAGACUCUGUAGAGCUCUCAGAGACUGUUGCUGUCGACAACACAUGGCCCAAAAAGGUUGAGUACUCUUUGAAUGUGCCUAGUAAAGCCAUUGCAGUUGGCUCAGGCACGCCAAUAUCCCUCAUGUUGGUACCCCUACUCAAAGGCUUGCGGCUUGGCGAGAUCAGAAUCUCAUUAGUUGAGCUCUAUUCCUACGUCGGGUACCUCCCCCCACCACAUACUGACGAAAGAAUCGUUUGCGAAAAGAUCAUACCCAUGCAGCAAGCGGACGAAAACUUCCAGUUGGACAAAUGGGAGAUAGACACUUUCCUCCGCAUCCCUCCCAGUUUGUCAAAGUGUACUCAGGACUGUGACAUCCAGACGCAUCUUAAGGUUAGACACAAACUCAAAUUCAAUAUUGGGUUGUGUAAUCCUGACGGACAUACAUCAGAAUUGAGAGCUUCUUUGCCUGUGCAGAUUUUUAUCUCGCCCUUCGUUACUGUGAGAGCCAGAACCGAGGAGAACAGUGAUGCUCAAGAUCCACAAGAGUACACUGAAAACGACGAAGAGGUGCUCUUCUCCAGUGACCCACACAACACUUCCUUGACCAAUUUACAACAAUACGAGGCCGAUGCACGUCAGGCCAGUGAGAAUCAGUCUGACGAAACGCUUCGCUCGAACCCUCACUCCUAUUCUUCAUUCACCGGACUUGUGGCACCACCCAUGUAUGAGCAGCAUGUCUAUGACAAGUUGUGGUCAGACGUGUCUCCCAUGGACUCUCCCAUGACAUCUGGAGCAUCGACGCCCAGAUCUCGUUCUACCGACGUGCUGCAGUUCAGCAUGAGCAGUAUUGAUACAGCUCAAUUGACAGAAAACUUGAGACAGCUUAGUGUUCAGAGACAGUUACAGGAAAGCCUUGAUGGUAACACCAUGCUGUCACCAGCAUCUCGUGAGAGAGCUGUAUUCACAAUGGAUGGUGAUCAGGAAGGCGGUGACUAUUUCAACAGAAGACCUGCUCUACAUCACCAACUUUCUCAUGGAUACGGCAGCUACAGCGGCAGCAACUCCCUCUUGAGUACUCCUGGCGGUGUUCAUAACAACCAAGUUCAGAGUCCAGGCCUCAUGACACCUCCAGUUCAUCUUUCCCGUGUGAACUCGGACAGUAACCUCGAUUCGGAAGAGAUGGGCAGAGUGCCAAGUUAUCACGAGGCCAUUCGUGGAGAUGUUCAAGAUACGUUAUCACCUGCUUACCAGCCCCCACAGCCAGGGUCCAACAUCAACUUUGAUGAAGUGAACAGGCGAUUUGGGGAGAACACCUCUAGAUCCACGACACCAGUGGGACUGACACCUGGCUCGAGAAACAAGGGAAUUCUAAGCCGAGCAGGCAGCUCAUUCAACCUUAAGGGCUCAUCACGCAAUUCUUCCAACAAGCUGUCUCCUUCUUCUUCCAGAGAUGUGUCCAGCACAAGUUUGUCGAACAUGCUGAAUGAGGGUGUAACCCGUCAGUCGCUGAGACGGUCCAGAGGCACUGCUACCUUCUCCAUGACGCCAAUGUAG